CCUUACAAACUCUUUGUUCUCUCUCUCUCUCCUGUCUCCAAUAUCAACAACAUAUCAUACACACUUCACCAUGGUUUUUCCAAAACCACCUUCUGAGUCUGACCUCUUUCUCCACCAUUCCAACUUUGCUUCCCCUUAUGCCACGGACUCUCUUCCUAGGUUCUGCAUGCCGGAGAACUCGAUGCCCAAGGAAGCUGCAUACCAGAACAUACACGAUGAACUGCAGCUUGAUGCCAUUCCAAAGCUGAACCUGGCUUCCUUUGUCACCACAUCCAUGGAGGAAGAGUGCAACAAGCUAAUAAUGGAAUCCAUCAACAAGAACUAUGUCGACAUGGACGAGUAUCCUGUCACCACUGACCUUCACAACCGGUGCGUGAACAUGAUAGCACGUUUGUUCCAUGCUGAAAUUGGAGAAAAUGAGACUGCAGUUGGAGCUGGAACCGUUGGAUCCUCAGAGGCCAUAAUGCUGGCGGGUCUUGCAUUCAAGAAGAAGUGGCAGAACAAGCGGAAGGCAGAGGGAAAACCCUAUGAUAAGCCCAACUUGGUCACUGGUUCCAAUGUGCAGGUAUGUUGGGAGAAAUUUGCUAGGUAUUUUGAGGUGGAGUUAAGGGAAGUGGAGGUGAGGGAAGGGUAUUACGUGAUGGACCCUGCCAAAGCCGUUGAACUGGUAGAUGAGAACACUAUCUGUGUGGCUGCAAUCCUGGGUUCAACUUAUAAUGGAGAGUUCGAAGAUGUCAAGCUCUUAAAUGACCUACUGAUGGAAAAAAACAAGCAAACUGGAUGGGAUACGCCUAUUCAUGUUGAUGCCGCUAGUGGUGGCUUUAUUGCUCCUUUCCUUUAUCCAGAGCUAGAAUGGGAUUUCAGACUCCCAUUGGUGAAAAGCAUUAAUGUUAGUGGCCACAAGUAUGGUCUUGUUUAUGCGGGAAUUGGUUGGGUUAUAUGGAGGACCAAGGAAGACUUGCCAGAGGACCUUGUCUUCCACAUUAAUUACCUCGGAGCUGACCAACCCACCUUCACCCUCAAUUUUUCUAAAGGUUCUAGUCAGAUCAUUGCUCAAUAUUAUCAACUAAUUCGCCUUGGCCAAGAGGGGUACCGGAGCAUAAUGGAGAACUGCAGAGAAAAUGCAAUGUUGCUGAAGGAACGGCUGGAGAAUAAUGGACGCUUCAACAUACUCUCAAAAGACGAUGGUGUUCCUGUGGUGGCAUUUUCUCUCAAGGACAGGACCAAGUACGACGAGUACAAGAUAUCAGAGAUGUUGAGGCGCCACGGUUGGAUCGUUCCGGCUUAUCCAAUGCCACCAGCAGCUCAACACAUCAACGUGCUGCGCGUGGUGAUAAGGGCAGAGUUUUCACGCACCCUUGCUGAACGGCUUGUGCUUGACAUAGAAAAUGUGGUGCAUGAGCUUGAAAAGGUUCUUCCCCCCAAAGAAGUGACCAAUAUUAAGGAAGAGAAGAAGGCCUUGGUUGACACUGGGGUCAAGAAGACUGCACUGGAAGCACAUAGGGAAAUCAUUGCUCAAGAAUCCAAUAAGCGUCAGAAAAUCAUGGCUGCUUAGCUAGGGAGGGUUACGUCUCACUGAGACAAUUAAAUAAGGAGCCUUCACUACUUGUUCUAACUCCAUCAAUACUCGAGUCUUAACUAUAUUUGCUUUAUUUUUUU